UUAGAUGUUUCCUUCGAGAUUUCUAGCAAGUUUCUAUCUUAGGCUUUGAAAUUCUUCGUUUGCCACAAUUCGACUUAGCUCAACUUAUGAUCUGUAUACCUGUAUUUGCAAAGAUCGCGUUAUGAUUGUUAUUGGAGUUGCAACUGUUAUGGUAAGAAGUGUGCAUGGUUUAUCAAGGGAUGUUAAUUUUAUUUUCUCUCAGAUUUUGUUUUCUCAUCAGUUUUUUCUUUGUAACAAGUAGCACUUUCGAAAAGAAGACUCCAAAAUUUGAGGGAGCACUGAAAGUUAACAGCAUGUUAACAAAAACAGAAAGGCUGUUUGAGGGAAAGGUGUUUGGACCUGAAUCUAUGGCUGUCGACAGUAAAGGUAUUCUAUACACUGGUUUAGGAGAUGGAAGAAUUGUUAAACUAGAGGGAGAUAAAGUGAAGGAAAUAAAUCGAACUGGAAAGCAAGUGGUGGAAUGUGGGACUGUGGAAUUCUGGUCCAAAUGUGGUCGGCCAUUGGGGAUGCGCUUUGACAGAAAUGGAAUCAACCUCAUUGUUGCUGAUGCAUAUUUUGGUUUGCUCAAAGUGAACCCCGAGACCAAAGUAGUGAAAACACUUUUACCUCCAGCAACAGGAUUCAACGGCAAGCCCUUUCGAUUUGUAAAUCAUCUGGACAUAGAUGAGGAUGGUACCAUCUUCUUCACAGAUUCAAGUGCUAAGUGGCAAGCACAUCAAGCCUCCUACUCUUUUUUCGAAGGAGAUAAAACUGGAAGACUAAUGGCAUACCACCUGAAGACAGGUGAAUUGGAACUUCUGAUGGAUGGUCUUUACUUUGCUAAUGGUGUCCAGAUUUCACCAGAGGGGGACCAUUUGCUUGUUGUGGAAUAUGCUGCAUCAAGGAUAAUGAAGUAUUACAUUAAAGGGGAAAAUAAAGGCAAAUCAGAAGUGUUUGUUGAAAACCUCCCUGGAUAUCCUGACAACAUUCGUCCGAGUAGCUCUGGAGGAUAUUGGGUCGCUAUGUCAAUGGUCUUUACGGAGUUUAAUGACAUGUUGAUGUAUUCAUACCCCAGGGCCAGGAACUUCUUAGCUAAGGUGUUUUACCUUCCAUGGUUAGUAAACUUUGCAGGCCCAAAUUAUGGUCUCAUACUGGAGUUAGAUAGAAAUGGUCAUAUCACCAGGAGCUUCCAGGACCCAACUGGCAGUGUUGUACCUGGUCAUAUCAGUGAGGUUUAUGAUGAUGGUAACGUGCUCUACCUCGGUAGCUAUCAGUCUUCUUUCCUUGGUAAGCUGGAGUUGAAAGACUGAUGUACAAAGGCUUUACAAAAAUCUCCAAGUGAAAUAUUUGCAUUUUUGGAGCUCUACCUGGAUAGCUACUAGUCUCCUUUCCUUGGCAAACUGGAAUUGAAAGAUUGAUCAUGAUGAACGAUUGCAACACAAAAAUCUUAAAGUGAAAUAUUAAAGAACCCUGACGGAACAUUAUUACAGCCAAUUUUCAUUUGACUAUUUUCUAUAUUAAUUUUUAACGCUGUC